ACCGUGCUGCCACCUCCUCCUUUUGGGGACACGGCUGCGUCGUGUUUAGAGCCGCUGCUGCACCUGUGGACUAUUAUGUUUAUUUAAAUAUAUUUUCAUCUUUUUCUUUUCCCCCACACACAGCGUCUAUAUCGGUGGAAAUGUUCAGUAACGGCUCUUUCCGGGAAUUUGAUGACGACCCCUUCUUCUCCGAUCCAUUCCGAGCACACAGCGAUCACAUGCGCCAGAUGAUGAGGAGCUUCUCGGAGCCAUUUGGCGGAAGCAUUACGGACGGGAGAAGCCGGGAUGUGGCGGCGCGGGCCGCCUCACCUCCGGCGCUGAGGGGUGAACACAGGGACAUGAUGAUGAACCAGUUCGGCAUGUAUGAAAGCGUGAUGGGAAACAUGAGGACUAGGACGGACAGGAUGCACAAAAACCCUGGGAACAUGUCCACAGACUCCAACACACACACAUUCAGCUCCUCAUCAGUCAUGACAUAUUCUAAGGUUGGAAAUGAGCCUCCGAAGGUCUUCCAGGCAUCAUCGUCAACACGUCAUGCCCCAGGAGGUGUUAAAGAGACUGUGCGGGCACUGAAAGACUCUGAAAGUGGGAUGCAGAAGAUGUCCAUUGGUCACCACAUUCAAGACAGAGGUCAUGUGGUCGAGAAGAAACUUAACCAAAAAACUGGAGAGAAGGAGUUCCUACAGGAUUUCCAGAAUUUGGACGAAUCCGAAGCACAGUCUUUUGACGAUGAGUGGCAGCAGCAGUUGUCCAAGUUCAAGUCGACUGUCCCGAUGUCUCAGCUGGAGCCACCCAGGCGUCACGGAGGUCAGCGAAUAGCCCUCACUGGUCCUGAGCGGGCCCACAGAGACCAGCCCAAGGCUAAAAGUAAAAGUAUCCUGAAAGUACCCACCUCGACAAAGCAGUAAAACCCUGUGUCAGAGUCAGAAAUCACCUCUUGGCUUAGUUGCGUUGGUCAUUGUCCAUCUUUAGUUUUAAGUCAGAGUUGCACAAAUGGUUAAGGGGAAUAUGAAAGUCAGGAAAUGGACUUAAAACAUUUGUCAGGAGUUUAAUUACUGAUAGGGUGCUGCACAUGCUUACAAUAAAUUAUCCAGACAUAAGUGCAAGCU